CUUACUUCUUCUUCCUUAUUUCGUCUCCCCCCAUAGACGACGCCUUUGACACGAGUUUAACAGUUACUUCCAGAGACGACGCCUUUAACACGAAUUCUCUCCAGUUCAGUGAUGGCGACUCCGGAAGAAGUAGCGUAUGAGAAGUUCCUAGAGAGAGUUCGUCGUACUGUCUACGUAGACGAACUCACGCCUCUUGCCACAGCUCCUGUUAUUUCAUCUGCUUUCAAUCAGUUUGGGACUGUCAAGAAAGUCAGCUUCAUACCUAACUACUUGGGUCCAAAGGAGCUUCCUAUGGGUGUUCUUGUUGAGAUGGAGAAUGAAGAGAUGACACAGGCUGUUAUCUCUACUGUCUCACAGUUACCUUUCAUGGUUGCUGGUAUGCCAAGGCCUGUGAGAGCUUGUGCUGCUGAGCCUAAUAUGUUUGUUGAUAAACCGAAGAAGCCUGGUAGAACGGUCCGUUUUCGCUGGAUUAAGCCUAACGAUCCUGAUUUCGACAAGGCCAGGAGAGUCAAGCGGCUUGCUCGUAAGCAUAGUGCUGAAAAUUCGUUCAUGCUCAAGAAACAGCUUGAGGAGGCAGAGAAGCUGUCGAAACAGCAAGCUGAGACGGCGGUAACACAUCACAAGAAGUUUGAGAUGAUGGAUAAACUCCUCUACGAUGGUGUUGCUCAGAAACUGGCUGGCCGUUACGACCUGAAAGGUUUUCCUUAUCGGUAGAGAGAGACUGCAUAUGGUAUUUUGCUUAGAACUUCCUUAUGUCACUAGUUUGUGCAGUGUCUAUUUUGGUUGAGCUGACUUUGCUGUAGGCGCUCUGACUUUAACUCGUAAUGAAGAAUGUUCCACAUUCUCAUUUAUGUGAAACAAGUAGAAGCGUGUAAAUGAGAUAAUCAAAGUCCCUGCUUUAGUUUACCUUGACCUCUCCUCUUAAUGCCUAAUUCUCAAGCAAAACAAGAUUUAAGCUUUAGAGACACAUAUUCUGCUCUCUCUGAUAUUUCAGAUUUUUGGCGUUUGGUUUUCUACAUUCCCGGUUCUUAAGUCUUGUGAGUAGUGUAUGACAUUUGAGAUGAGAUAGCUUGAUUUCUAUGUUGGAUCAGACAUUUGAAUUGUAUUACUAUUAACCAAACUAAAAAUUGUGUAAAGCGAAU